AUGGCCUCUGAGACUGCAUAUAAUAAAGCAAGCCUGGCUCUCUACACUCUACACUCUCCCACUUCUUCUUCUUCAGAUCGCUCUGCCAUGAAUCCCUCCCGCCAUGAAUGCUUUCAAGCUUUGUCUUUCUCAGCUUCUUCACAAGGGGAAUCGCCAUUGCCAGGGAAUACCAGCUUGUUUGUGAAAAAUAAAGACAACCCGUUUGCAGAAGCAAUCCCUGACCCACUCUGUAAGCUUCAUCUGCGAGAAACCUCGGAGUUCGUGAAGUCGUUUCCCACGUCACACAAAAACAGAGGUUUUCUCGGGGUUUCGUCUCAGAAUAAAACAAGAGUAGAAGCUCCUUCAACCCCAGGAAGACCCAUAUUUAGCUUCAGAAAGAGCAACCUCUCUUCGAAAUGGGAAGACGCAGAGAAAUGGGUCAUUGGCAGCCAUGGCUCUCCUGCUCGUACGACCAAGAUAUUAUCAACAUCAUCAUCAUCAUCUUCGGCGUUCUCCAAGAUUAGAACAUCAUGUGACAAUGUCUUCAAGGUACGCAACACUGCUGAUGAUUUCUCGGAGCAACCGAGGGCCACACAGGAAAAGGUGUUCAGAGCUGUCUCAAGCCUUCAAAUUUCUCCUGCAACUUUGGACCACCAUGAGGUCCCUUCCCCAACAGACAUGAUGCUACAAGAUAAGUUUACAGAGAAGAAAGGGUCAAAUUUUCCCAAUUUCAGAGACAGUGGGACAGAGAUGACUCCUCUAGGAAGCUCCACAACUUCAAGGUGUCACACACCAUUCAAGAGCUCAUCUCCAGCUCGCCAUAACACUCCUGCAAAUAGGUCUGCUCCAUACAGCAACGUUAGCUGCUGUACUAGCGACCUUAUUCAGUUAGAGGAGUGUCAUUUUGCCAAGCUGCAACUAGGAACAAAGUUCGAUUCCAAUUGGAGCUCAAGGGAGGAAGAGGAAGAAGAAGCUUCAAAGAGCCUGAGACAUGACGCUUACCAAACCCAGAAAGCUGAUUCAGAUGCCAUCGCUGCUGCUUGGCAAGAAAAUGAGAAGACUAAAUCUUGUCUGAGGUAUCAGAUUGAAGAAGCGAAAAUCCGAGCUUGGACAAACCUCCAAAGUGCUAAAGCAGAAGCCCAAUUGAAAAAGCUUGAGGUGAAAAUACAAAAGAUGAGAUGGAAGCAGGAAGAGAAAGUGAUGAAGAGAAUGGAAGUGGUUAAGAGGAAAGCAGAAGAAUGGAGAGAGGCAGCAAGAGAGCAGCACAUGGUGGAGAAGGCAAAUGAAGAAUCUCAAAAGCCGCUGAAGAAUCCAUUUUCAAGUUAUGCUACUUCUUGUGGUUGUUUUCCAUACACUAGCACAAAUAAUACUUAA